UCAAACGUCACCCGUUAAUGUCAGUUACUGUUCAGCCAGUUGCAUAAGCUAAGAGGGUUGAAUUGAUAAGGUGGAAAAAGUUUCACAUUUUGCCCAAAAACCUAAGUUUAAAAUUUUCCAGAUGAUUGAAGUACAAGUUUAGUUUCUUACCUCAAAACUUUUUUUCCCCCCUCUGGAAAAAGAGAAAAAAAUGGUUUUAAAGACAUGAAUAUUCCCGCGUGCCACAGGUGAAAAUCAGGAAACCACAAAAAUGAUCACAUGACUUCAAUCCCAUCGUUGAUUGGCAGAAAUGGUUUUGUUGUGUCUUCCCUGGCUAAAAGACUUUUCUGCUGUUCUCGUGAGCUUGCUUGAGUAUUUAAUUCGUCCUUUGUUUGUUUGUUUGUUUCUCAUGAUUUAAUUUAGAGAGUUUGUAGAUUUUCUGUCAAGACGUCAGACCCCUUCAUCUUACCUAAACCCCACGUGGCAAAGCUCCACGUGACUCAGCUGAGACGGCAGGUGGUCUUAUAUGUGUGUUUGAUAUUAACAAUUGUUUAAUUGUGCAACUAAAUGUGAAUUCCUGUAAAUUGAAAAAUGUGCAAUAAAGUUUAUUGGGGGGAAAAGACAGACGACAGGUGGACGUGUUCACACCGGGAAAUUUUAACGUUUUAUUUUCUUUAGUUUUAAGGACGAUAAUGAUGCCGUCAUCAUCAUGGAAACAGAAUAAUUUGCUGUAAAAUCUUUGACGUUAUUUUGACCGCACUUGGACCAACAUGUAUUGAUUUGUUGGCGGAAACGGGAUCUGUGACGAGGAGGGGGAGGAGCCAGAGGAGGAGCAGAAAGAGGCCGGGUUGUUGGGAUUGGCGGCGGCUGCCGCUGCCGCAGAGGACCGGCGGAGAGGAUGCGGGUGAGCUGCUGCUGCGGGACCGAACGCGGGUGUUUGGCAGCGUGAGAUGGCGUGAGAGCUGCGCUCCUCCCUGCUGCGGAUCGGAUGCUCUGGACUCCUGCAUGAUAGAGAGAAUGGAGAGCGGAGUUUUCCUGAACUGUCUGGAUCAGUUCAUGCUCAGUCCACUUGUCACUUGGGUGAAGACACUUGCGCCUGAUGAUGGGGGCGAGCAUUUGGACUUCUCGGACCUGCUGGAUGGAGUCUUCCUGAACAACAUCAUGGCUCAGCUAAAUCCUCCUGCUGCACCUCGAGUUGUGAGCAAAGUCUGCAGGGAUCCGAGUCAAAGGAUUCAGAACCUGAACUUCCUUGUGCAGCAAAUCAAGACGUAUUAUCUGGACAAUCUGAGACAGUUAAUCGCAAUCCCUCUGCCGGACGUGCUGCUGCUCGGCAGGACGCCAUACUGUGAACAAAGUCUGGAUGAAAUGAAGAAGCUUCUGCUGCUGUUGCUGGGAUGUGCCGUCCAGUGUGACGAAAAAGAGGAAUACAUAGAGAAGAUUCAGACGCUUGAUUUUGAUACGAAAGCUGCAAUUGCUGCACAUAUUCAAGAGUUGACUCACAGUCAGGACAAUGUGCUGGACCUGCAGCAGCUGGAGUCUGGUGACAUGCACCCAGAGGAGAUGGAGGCAGCAGUGAGGACCGUGGCCACAUGUCUCCGACAUUUGCUGGAGCAGAGGGAUGCUCAUCUGGAGGCUAUAGCAGAGCUCAUGCAGGAAAAGGAGGCGGCUGGAGGUUCGCUCUGCGGCCCCUCCAGGCCCCUGCCUGCCGGCUACUCUCCCAGCAUGCAACAGCAGCAGGUUGGAACCCAGCAGCACCUGGUGGUGGAUCUGGCAGACUCAAAGGCAAAGAUCAGACGACUUAGACAAGAACUAGAGGAGAGGAGAGAGCAGAUGCUCGACUGCAGACAUGAGCUAGAGAACAUGGAAGCCCAGCUGAAGAGGAUCCAGCAGGAGAAUUCCCGGCUGCUCGUGGACGCUCGCUCUGCCCGGACGUACCGCGACGAGCUGGAUGCCCUGAGGGAGAGGGCCAUGAAGGCGGACAAGCUGGAGAGCGAAGUGGCGAGAUACCGGGAGCAGCUGCACAAGAUGGAGCUGUACAAGGCCAAAGUGGAGGAGCUAAAGGAGGACAACAGGGUUCUGGUGGAGACCAAGGACGUGUUGGAGGAUCAGCUGGAAAGCUGGAGGGCUCGCACAGACAAAAUCCACCAGCUGGAGAAGCACAUCCUGCUGCUGAAGGCCCAGGUCCAGGACAUGGAGCAGGAGAGGGAGGUAGACAGGAAGUGCAUCAAGGAGCUUCAGGAGGAGAACCUGGCUCUGUGUUUGGCUCAGAGGAGAAGCAUGGACGAGUCUCAACUCUUGGGCUGGGAGCUGGAGCAGCUGUCCAAGACAUCGGAAAGCUCGCAGGGGCAGCAGACUUUCAGCGAAGAGGUCACUGAGAGGACUCGCAGUCAGCUGCUGAAGCUGGAGAAGGAGAACCAAAGUCUCCUUAGGACCAUAGAGGAGCUCAGCACCAAAAGCAAAGAAAGUUCUCACCAGAUGUGCAGCUUCACUGACUUCAACGGAUCAAAGCAAGCCUGCUGCUCUGUCACAGAAAACUCAGAGCUGCUCGUGAACGGAGGGUCAAACUGCCAUCAGGACCUCUAUGCAGAAACACGGACCCACCCUUUUAACACUGCAGACUGUUGUCGGCUGGAGAGCAGACAGCUGGAGGAUGCAGGUGCUGGGAAGGAUUUACAAGAAACCAUGUCGGAUCUGGAAGCCUUGGAAAAUGUUCACAAUGGUCUGCAUGCUUUGGAUGGAUCAGAGACCCCAAAUGGCAGCAGGCUUCAUCAUGACGGCAUCUUCACGGGUCUGCCAGCUCGCUCCUCCUAUGCCAACAAGCACACACAGCGGCUGGAGGCCAAGGUCAGGGCUUUGGAUGCAGUUAAUCUGCAGCUACAGACGUCUCUGGACAGCUCAGAUCGAAAGGUUGCACUUUUGGAGGAGGAGGUUCAGGAGCUGGAAGCAGAGAACCAGACCCUGCAGACUUCCUUAGAGGAACUUCAGAUCUCUGUGAGACGCCUGGAGCAGCUAGAAUCUGAAAAGCAGAGUCUGGAGCAGGAAACGGCCUCCUUGGAAAAGAACAAGCGCCACCUGGAGAAGGAGAACCGGCGGCUCCGGCAGCAGGUGGAAAUUCUGGAGGCGAACUUAGACAACAGCAAUGUGUGCAUGAGCAGCUUGGAGAGAGAGAUGCGUGGUGUGGUGAAGGAGGUGGAGGGGCUAAGGGAAACAGCUGAGAGGGUCAAAAACCUGGAGGUAGAUAACAGACAGCUGGCCAAGCAAGCUGCCAUCGACCAGAAAACGUUGGCAACGCUCAGGCAGGAGCUGGUGAAUGAGAAGAUGAGCACCCAGCAGAGAGAUGCGGAGCUGCGGAGGCGGACACAUGAGCUGGAGAUGAGAGUCCUGAACCAGGAGAGCGCAGAGCAGCCAGAAGCACACACAUCGGAUGGCAGGGUCAAAAUGCUGGAGCUGGAGUCUUCUCUCAAGAAGUCUCUGCAAGAUACAGAUGACCAGAUGCUGGAAGCACGUCUGAGGGAAGCUUCCUCCUUCAAUCAGCAACUGUGCCACGAGCUGAAGACUGUGAAGCUGAGCUGCGACGCCUUGCAGCAGACACAAGAGGAGUGGUCCAGCUCCAGCUCUGAGGCUGAGAGCUGCAAAGCUGUGAGCAAAUGGCUGCAAGAAAGCCAGGAGGCCACUAAGGAGCUGCUCAGGGUCAAAGACCACCUGAUAAAGGUCGAGAGAAAUAAUGCAACGCUGGAGGCGGAGCAGCAGGCUGUGCAGGUGCAGCUGAAGCAGCUGGAAGGUCAGAGUCACAUCCAGCAGGUGCAGAUAUUAGCCCUGCAGAGGCAGGCGGCCUCCCUGCAGGAGAACAACACCGCCCUGCAGACACACAAUGCUAGCCUACAGGUGGAGAUGUCCACUCUAAAUUCCCAGAGUGCGGCCCUUACGGCCCAAAACGCUCAGCUCCAGCAGCAGCAGUCCAGGACUGAGAGUGAGCGGGACGGUGUGGUGCGAGAGCGCGACGAGCUGCGCAGCUCUCAUGAGCAGCUGCUGCGGGACCACGAGCGUCUGGUGGUUCUGCAUGAACGGCAGGCCAUGGAGUACGAGGCCCUGAUGGGCAAACACAAGUGUCUGAAGAACACCCAUCGGACGCUGGAGCUAGAGCAUCGCACACUGCAGGACAGAUGUAAUAGCCUGCUGCAGCAGCGUACAAAGCUGGAGGACCUGGAGAGAGCCUUAAAGGAAGAGCAGAUGAGGAUAGGUCUGGAGAAGGAGCAGCACCAGAGCACGGCUGCUGAGUGCAGCAGGCUGCGCGAUGAGAAGGACUGGCUCAACCAAGUUUACUGUCAGCUCGUGAAGGACAACGAGGCUCUGACAGCAGACCAUAAGCAGCUUAAGACCCAGAUGAACGAGAUCAAGCUGGAGAAGACUUGGCUGGAGGCAGACUUCUCCAAGCUGAAGACGGAGCUGCAGCAGCUGGACAUCACCUCCAUGAAGCUCUCCAACCAGUGUGAGCUUCUGAGUCAGCUAAAGGAAAACCUCGAUGAAGAGAACCGGCACCUGCUGAGCCAAAUCAAGACCCUGAUGCUGCAGAACCGGACCUUGUUGGAGCAGAACAUGGAGAGCAAAGAUCUGUUUCAUGUUGAGGAGCGGCAGUACAUAGAUAAGCUGAAUGAUUUACGGAGGCAGAAGGAGAAGCUGGAGGAAAAGAUAAUGGACCAGUACAAGUUGUACGAGCCGUCACCUCCUCGCAGACGGGGGAACUGGAUAACCCUAAAGCUUAGGAAGUUGAUGAGAUCCGGCAGCCGCGAGCUGGAACCUGCAGGCCUGGCUGAGCCACACGUCUGCUCUCAGGAGAGCGGCUCCUUCAUCAGCUCUGACGGCUCUGGAGGCUCCGCCUCCGCCGCCCUGCCCCAGCACAGCACUCCUCUGAAAAAGUUUCCCCGUUUGAAGAGCAGGCUGAAGGACAGAGACAGAGUCAAGUUCCUCUUCCGUCGCUCCACGUGCAAAGAUUCCAAUGCCAGCAGCUUACCAUCUGGAUGUGAGGACAACGACAUGGCGCAGAAUCACGGAGUCCAAAGUCGAGCCCAAAGUGAGAGCAGUGGUGAGUUCAGCCUGAGCCUGGAAAAUGAGCCGUGGUCGAAUGGCAGCAGUCCCAUCCAGCAACCUCCUUCUCGCCGCUCCUCCUCCUCCAACCAACCACCCAGUGACACCUCCACCCACCAAUGGGACAUGAAGCUGCAGGGCUGCAGCCAAAGGGCCUCUCCUGUGUCCAAUCACCACUCUCAGAACACAGAUAACCAGUCUGUUCAAACUCAGCUGGAUCCUGUGCCGCCUCAGGAUUUCUGGCUCAGCAGAGGCACAAAAACCAUCCGGAGGGGAUCCAGAGGGAAAUUUCCACGUCGGUCAUCAGAUUUAGGGGCCAAAACUAACUCUGGGCUUAAAAGGGUGGGCUCAAAAUCUGAAACUGCCCAGUCUUCUGCCUGUUCUCCAAUCACAGUGCUGUAUGUUCAGGGAAAGUCAUCUUCAAUGUCUGGCUGCCUCAACUGCUUCUCUGCGCCUCUGGUUAAGGAAAGACCGCUCAAGGGGCCCGGGGCCCCUGGCAGUCUCCCACGCGCCAGCAACGUCAUCUCCACAGCAGAGGGCUCGUCCCGCCGCUCCAGCCUCAGCAGCAGGGGCACAUGCAGGACCGGGCCUCAGCAGGUUUCAACAGAGGAGCCGCAGACGCCACCUGGACCCGUUCCUCCACUCAAACCACCCAGGGAUCCCGCUGUUCUUCUUCCAUCUGAACAGCACAAAGCUCCCGUGCAGGAGUCACUUGGCUCUCCGUUCACUUUCACAUCUGUCUUUUCAAACACGAUCUUCAGCGAUGCAGUGGCGAACACAAACUGCCUGGACGGGCUCAGCGCUGAUCAAAUCUUCCUCAGCCCAAACCCGACUCAGACUUGUCCUCCUGAGAGCCAGACGUCUUCUGAAAGCGGGUCACAGACGCUGCUUGGUUCUGAGAGGCAGCAGAGUGAGAAUGCAGCGGCUCAGAAGGACGCAUGAGCGCAGCUGUAGCAUCACAGCUUCCCUCACAUCACUGCAGUCACACACUGAAUCUGUUCUCCUUGAUUUAGUGAGUACCUAAAUGUAAACCUAUGGCUUUGAUUUUUAUGUAUUAUGACUUUUAUUUAUUUAUUUAAGAAGGUGGAAAGUGCUUUGAUGUUAAGAAAAGUCGUUUCUAAUUCUGUACAAAUUCAGAAAACUUUAUUUCCUCACUUCUGGACGUUCUCCUCCCACCGUGUUUGUGUUCUGAAUGUUUAAAUCUGUUGUUUUUUUCCCGUUCUUUCUUUAAUACUGUAUUUUUUUGUUAUAUUUCUUCUAAGAAUGAACUGUGACAAAAACGAGUAUUUUCUCAAAUAAAUUUGGGGG